GACGGGGCUUGAGAACGGUUGGCCCUUCCUGCUGGUCGUCGGAGCGAUCUUUAAGUGUGGGGAAAAGUUUGUGUUUGAUUAGAGAUCACAAUAUGUGGAGUCAAAAGAACUAGAGUUUGAAUCCUGAUCCUGUCCAGGCUGUUUCAGCUUCCUACCCUUGGUCAUCUACCAGUUCCUUUGUGUUUGAGGCAGAAAUAGGGUAUCCCUGAGGAGGCCAUCAAAAGAAAGUUCUCCAGAACAGAGAGAGCAGUCUGAAGCUGGGCAUGGCGACAGCAUUGGUAACCACUCCUUCCCCGGCUCCUCUGAAUCUGAAGAAGGAGGGACUUCACUUAGUGAAGGAGGAUCACCUCUCUCCUCGGGAGCAGGGGGUCAAGCUGCAAGGAAACGGCGCAGGCCUCGGGCAGGAGCCAUUGUGCAAACAGUUCAGGCAGUUGCGCUAUGAAGAGACCACAGGACCUCGAGAAGCGCUGAGCCGGCUCCGGGAGCUCUGCCGACAGUGGCUGCAGCCCGAGGCCCACACCAAGGAGCAGAUCCUGGAGCUGCUGGUGCUGGAGCAGUUCCUGACCAUCCUGCCCGAGGAGCUGCAGGCCCGGGUGCGGGAGCAUCACCCAGAGAGUGGGGAAGAUGUGGUUGUUGUACUGGAGGAUUUGCAGCCAGAACUGGGAGGAACAGAACAACAGGUGGACCCAAACCAGGCAAAGAAACAGAAAAUGCUUGUGGAGGAGACAGCCCCUCUGAAAGCAGUGCCGAAGCUGCAGGUCCAGCCUGAGGGUGAAAUUCCCAAGCCCAAGAGACAGAAGGGUGAGGAGACAAGGAUUGAGAACGGGAAGCUGGUUGUAGAGACAGACUCCUGUGGAGGAGUGGAAUCAUCUGGGAAAAUAUCUGAACCCAAAGAGGCUUAUUAUGAGGACUCUAACUUGGAUAGGCAACAGGCCAAGGCCAAGGAGAGGACUGACUAUAAAUGCUCAGAAUGUAGGGAGGGGUUCAUCCAGCACUCAGACCUGAUUAAGCAUGAAGGUUCACACAGGGGAGAAAAGCUCUGUGAAUCUGAAGUGUGUCAGAGUUCUAGUCUUACUGGACAUCAGAAAAUCCACUCUAGAGAGAAGGGUCAUCAGUGUCAUGAGUGUGGGAAAACCUUUCAGAGAAGUUCACACCUUGUCAGACAUCAGAAAAUCCAUCUUGGCGAGAAGCCUUAUCAGUGCAAGGAGUGUGGAAAAGUCUUUAGCCAGAAUGCAGGCCUUUUGGAACAUCUCAGAAUCCAUACUGGAGAGAAACCUUACCUGUGUAUCCACUGUGGAAAGAACUUCCGGCGCAGCUCUCACCUUAAUCGACACCAGAGAAUUCACAGUCAGGAGGAGCCCUGUGAGUGCAAGGAGUGUGGGAAAACCUUUAGUCAGGCCCUGCUCCUCACCCACCAUCAGAGAAUCCACAGCCACUCCAAAAGCCAUCAGUGUAAUGAGUGUGGGAAAGCCUUCAGUUUGACCUCAGACCUUAUUCGACACCACAGGAUUCACACUGGAGAAAAACCUUUCAAGUGUACUAUAUGCCAGAAAGCCUUCCGACUAAACUCACACCUUACUCAGCACGUGAGAAUCCACAAUGAGGAAAAACCGUACGAGUGUAAUGAAUGUGGAGAAGCCUUCAGGCAGAGGUCAGGUCUUUUUCAACAUCAGAGAUAUCACCACAAAGACAAACUGGCUUGAUGAGGUGUCCUCUCCUUAUGGACCAUCAGAGACAGUACAUUAACAAUCAAGCUGGCACUUUAGGAAAAGUCACUCUAGCCAACUCUGGCAGAGAACUCUUGGGGACCAAGUUGGAGGCUAUCUGCCUCCUCUCUCUUUCCUUCAUUUUCCUUGUAGUCAGCUUUGGGCCACAGUAAUUUGAUCCUAGACCCUGGGGGAUCAAAGGUAAAUAGCAUUCUUUACUGCAGGACUUCUCAGAGCCUUUAGCAUGCUAAAUGCAUAGCUAUGCAUCUCCAAGUAGUAGAGAGCCUCAUGAUUGAGUGAGGGCUUUAAGUCAGCAAUGAGUCAAGUGUCCACAGAUUUACAGGCUUAAACAGAAAAAGAGCAGGUUGAUAUUUUUGCAUAUGCUACAGCAACAGACUCCUAUACAAUAAAACCAGUGAUGUUUGGAAAUAUAUCACACUCAAAGGUAUCUUAAAGCACAGGUUAAUGGUGAACAUUUUCACCCACUGGUUUUACUACCUGCCUGCCCCUAGCAUUAUCCUCUCCUUCCCCACCCCCAAUCAACAUUUUGGAAAGCAAAGAUGAUCUAAUUUUACCAUUUCGCAGCCCCAUCCCUGCCAUAAUACCUCAUUGAUUCAAGUUAGAGAGUAAGGUUUUAUUUAGACUAUGGAAGAGAUUUCAUAAGCCAUUUGAAUGAACUGGGCUGAAUUAAUCCAAGUAGCAACUGUCUUACUUCAUAACUCCAGUGUCAGUUAGUGGCUGCUGCAUAGAAACUUCAAUAAACGGGGAAAGAAAUUGGACUUUUUUCCUUUAAUACUGAGGACAGAAUUUUAAAAUGCUGCUUGUUCUGGAAUUUUGAAAGUCAAAUCAGAAAAUCAGCUUGGAAGAGAUCAUGAUCUUCAUGUUGUGAAUGCCAAAAUGUCAUGGUAAUGAUGAAGAAUAGGAACCUUAGGGAAGUCCACUUCUGAAUAUGUCACCAGGAUGAUAAACAUCACUUGCUGAUUGGUGGUAGCUGCUUGGGGUACUUCUCACUCUGUCACGUGAGUGGGAAGACUAGUGAGCCCUCAUGUUUUGCUGAGGUUUUUGUUCAGCUGAAUAUAGUUUAAAAAAAAAAAGUGGGAAUGAUGUAAUAAAAGUUCGUUUUUCUCUUAAAUAGUAAAGGCCAGAGACAGCAGUCCAGCACUGGUAAGGUGGUUUCAUGACAUCACUAGGGACCCAGCUUCUGCCUUUCAUGCCAUCAUUCCUUAAGGUCAUCAUCCUUGAUGGCUGCUGAAGCUCCAGCCAUCACGUGCAAAAUGUGGACAAAAGGGAAGGACAAAAGAGACUCCUCCUGGUCAGUCAGCUCCCUUUAAGCAGCCUUCCUGUAAAUCACUUCAGCGGUUGUAUCAUAGGCCAAAUCUUAGAAAAGGGAAGCUGGAAAGUGUGUCUUAUCCUGGGUUGCAGAAUGCCCAGCUGAAAAUCAGGCUUCUGACACUAAGAGUAAAGGGGAGAGUGAAGGCUGAAAUAGGCACUUAGGGGCCUUUUUUCUAGAUAUAGAUACAGAUUUUUAUUUUUAUUUUUGGCUGUGUUGGGUCUUCCGUUGCUGCGUGUGGGCUUUCUCUAGUUGAGGAGAGGGGGCUACUCCUUGUUGCAGUGGUGGGCUUCUCAUUGUGGCGGCUUCUCUUGCUGAGGAACAUGGGCUGUAGGCAUGUGCUUAGUUGCUCCACGGCAUGUGGGAUCUUCCUGGACCAGGGAUCAAACCUGAGUCCCCUGCAUUGACAGGCAGAUUCUUAACCGCUGCGCCACAAGGGAGGUGCCUGGCACUUAGGAGUCUUUGGCCCACUUCCCACUCGGAUCUGAGUGGGUGCAAGCUGAGCAGAGCAACAGUUAAUACCAUUAUCUGGAGGAGGACCAAGCCAGCAGGAGGGGCAGCUGUAAUUUUUUGAGAAAUUAAAGAAUUUUAUGGAAAGUCAGUCAUAUUCCAUUGCUUAGGAAACCAUAAAGGUAUGUGUCUUUAUUCUGUCUUUAUGAGUAAAAUUAAGUUGAUAAUGGAUUUUUCCAAGAGUUUUGAGUUUAGCACCUAAACAUUUAGCUCCAUGUCGUAGUUUAAAUCUAUUUGAUUCUCUGUUCAGUUUAAGGAAAGAAC